AUGGCAUCAAACCCAGCCCAGGCUUUCGUGCUCAGGCCGGUGCCCCAAAGUGAUCGCAGGCCUAAAAACCUGGGUGAAUUCAUCGCACGCGUAAAUGCCGACCGCGGAUUUCGAAAUGUUACAGAGGAAAGCCUACGCAAAGACAUGGAGGCGGAGGCAGAGGCGAAUGGCAUGCUAGAAUCGAAAGAGGUCGACAUGGUCAAAGGCGAGGGUGAGGAUGGAGAUGGGGACGGAGCCAAUGGUGAGGACGACGAAGACGCAGAUCAAGUUGGAAUGGAGGACUUGCACCAAGCAAUAGGAGACGUGCGACUUCACGCCGAGGCCGCGCACCAAAAUGCCAUGCUCGCACUCGACUUUGUCUCCUUGCUGAUCACCAAGGAGAACCCAAGGCCAGCCCAAGACACAGUGUCCCCAGCCCUUCGAGAUCUCGUCGGCAUUGGCAGCUUAGGCGCGGACAAACUAGCUGCUUCGAACAUCACACCACAACGCCUGCUGGAUAAUAAGCUGGUAGCCACGGGUUGGAAGUUUGCAGACAUUGAUAGGACGGUCAACUCCGUGCUCACAUCCGCCUCUCGACUGCAGAAAGAGAUCAGUGUUGAGACUAAAUAUUGGGCCGAGGUCCUCGCAGUCAGUGAGAAAGGCUGGUCUGUCACUCGUGUUCCCAACGAGCCAGAGACUCUUGGUGUCCGAUAUGGUUUCUCGGAGGCUGCGCCCGGCUUUCGAAAUACAAGCCUUGCGCCCAUGAGACGAGGCGACGAUGGCACUGUCGAUCUGGACUGUGGGAAGAUGCUCGGCGAGUCGCAGCGCUUACUGGUCACCAUCGAGAAGAACCGUCGAAUAGUCGGGCGCUCUGCGCUCCCAAGGCCGCUUCCACAAGAUGCUCCGUUGGAAGAGAGAGUCCUAGAAGCCCGAAAUACCAUAUUCGCGCAGGAAUUGUGGCAUGAGAUGAAUCGCGAGGGUCGCUUGCUACAGUCUUACGGCGUUCGUCUCGAAGAUGAGGCGCUCUCCUACACUCUGGAAGAUAACCUCCGGAUCGUGUUCAGCUUACAGCCACUCGAACAAGCCGUCGAGGAGGGCGCGUCGGAGACCCUCCCAGAAGAUUAUCGCGCCGAGUCUCUGAGCUCGGCUCUACAUCAGUUGUUGACUUAUGCGCAUCGCAUCAACAACCAGAGGCGCUCCCGUCCAGAUUCCAAAAACAGAGACCAGUCCACAACAAUGCCGCCGUACCCCCUCUUGCGUCCUGUACUCGCGAAUCUUCAGCAUGAAACAUCGAUAGCAGAUGCCACGGGCUUCAUUUCGGAUUUGUCGACCAUUUUGCAUUCUGCAGGAAUCUCCACAGUGAAUUUCAAACUGACCGAACCGCCAAUCUCCCUGGAUCUGGUCUCAACCCAUGGUUCUCCAUCAGAGGCCCUUAUCCAAGCCCUAUUUGGGCCCUUAGAGCUUCAGUACGAGCUCAAUAUCACACCAGAGUCACGACUUCUUGUUCACUGCAAAACGGUCAUGGGCAAUGUCAUCGCGACAACUUAUCACGUUUCCCUUCUACCGCCGGCGCAGGGAGGCACGAAUCCUCUGUCCACAGCAUAUCACCCAGUCCACCUUCACGGCGAGGGAUAUACACUACGUGAUCUCAAAUACUACCUGCAACAGGCCGUCGCGCGCGUCCUAGUCGAUCGUGCCAGCAGCAUUGUGCUGACUGCCAGAGCACCGUCGCCGAGCGACGAGGACGAGCUACCAAUUGUGUGGGCGAAGCACAUCAGCGGGGUGGCCCUCGAGAAUAGCAACGACAGCAGGGAACAGUUGCGCUUUGAAGUCAUUCUCUCCGAGCUUGGCCACCCCGAAUUGCACCUCUUUGGGAGCUGGGUGGUCGACCAGCCGAAGCCCGCAACUAGGACUUGGACUUGGACGGUCGGCGACGUGAAGCAGGGUCUGAAGAAGGAGAGCAUCGAGCAGGUUCUACGUAAUGUCGUAGCUCGCGUGGCUCAGCCUCAGCCUUGA